AUGUUCCAGAUCGAGGGUCUCGCGCCUAAGUUGGACCUGGAGGAGAUGAAGCGGAAGAUGCAUGAGGAUGUGGUCUCCUCCGUUCGGAACUUCCUCAUCUACAUUGCCUUGCUGCGAGUCACUCCAUAUAUCUUAAAGAAGCUGGAUAGCUUCUGA